AUGAAUUUGAGCAUUGAGGAUGAUGAACCCAAAGCACCGUUGGCAUUGCACCCGGAUAUCGCAACAAAAAUAUGGAAUUUGAAUAUUGUUCCAAAGCUUAAGCAUUUUCUUUGGCGAUAUGCUUCAAAAGCCAUUGGCAUUGCCGAAAAUCUACGACGGCGGAACAUGAAUGUAAAUCCCUAUUGUUCAAGAUGUUGUAAUGAGCUGGAAACAAACGACCACACGCUAUUUUCUUGCCCCUCCAUUAGACCAAUAUGGAGAGCUGCUGGUAUCUCAACGCAUGAUCUAUGGGACAGGGAUAAACCAUUUGAAGAAAAAAUCAGAUUCUUACUUGACCUCCACGAUAACAAACACAUUGACAAAGUAAGCCGCUAUCUUCCAUUCUGGUUAUUGUGGAGAAUCUGGAAGACAAGGAACGACUUGAUUUUUAACCACAAAGUCACCAAAGGCGAGGACAUUGUCGGCCAAGCGCUUAUAGAUACAAAGGAAUGGCUGGACUGUCAAGAUAGGACUCAUGGACCUCAACAUGACGGAAAGCUACAAGGAGUACGUAGCUCAAGAUCGAGUAAAUGGUGUAAGCCGGAGAGGGGAUACGUGAAGUGUAACUUUGACGCAUCACAUUAUGAAGGCAACCAAUCAUCUGGAUUAGGUUGGAUAAUCAGGGAUUCGAAUGGCACAUGUCUAGACUGCGGUAUGGGAAAAUUCCAAGGGAGGCAAACAAUUGAAGAGGCCGAAUGUUCAGCAUUAAUAUGGGCGAUCCAGGCAUCAUGGGCUUUAGGAUAUAGACAUGUAGAAUUCGAAGGAGACAAUGCCAACAUUGUCAAUCUAAUCAAUGAGGGAGGAAUUAAUCUACGUCUAAAGCACUACAUGGAAGAAAUUUGGCAAUGGAGGAACAUGUUUAACUCAAUAAAGUUCACUUUUCGACAUCGAGAGCAAAAUGGAUGUGCAGAUCUCUUGGCGAGGAAAGCAGUCCAAAUUCCAAAUAAUUAUUAUUUAUAUCAUUGUUGUCCUAGUUUUCUCAAUUCCCUUGUAAACAAUGAUGCCGAUUCUGUCUCUUAA